AUGAGCGAAUCAAGGCAAGAACUGCUUGCAUGGCUAAAUGGCCUCCUCCAACUCAACAUCACAAAAGUCGAGCAAUGCGGGACAGGAGCCGCGCUAUGCCAAUUAUUCGACUCCAUCUUCCUUGAUAUCCCCAUGAGUCGGGUAAAAUUCAAUGUCAAUACCGAAUAUGCCUACAUACAAAACUUCAAGAUCCUGCAAAACUGCUUUACAAAACACGGCAUCGACCGAACCGUGCCCGUCGAGCAACUUGUCAAAUGUAAAAUGCAAGACAACCUCGAAUUUCUACAGUGGUCAAAGCGGUUCUGGGAUCAAUACUUUCCGGGCCACGACUACGACGCUGUCGCACGAAGAAAGAGUGCCGGCGCCGCCCCAGCAGCUUCGACCGCUCCGCGAACAAGCACCGGCGCAAGCACGACUCGGAAAACGGGGCCUGCACCGGUGAGUCGACCUCCACCACGUACCGCAGGUGCAGGAGCAUCCGGUUCCUCUGCACUGAAGGCCGAAAACGAAUCGCUGAAGGAAGCAAUCGCGGGUCUGGAGAAAGAGCGGGACUUUUAUUUCAGCAAACUGCGCGAUAUCGAAUUGCUGUUGCAGAAUGCGGUCGAACAGGAUCCUUCACUUGAGACUGACGAAAAUGGUCUGAUCAAAAACAUCCAGACCAUACUCUAUAGCACAGAGGAGGGGUUCGAGAUUCCGGACUUGGAAGCCAAUGGGGCAGAAGAGCCAGAAACAUUCUAG